GACUGUCUGUAAAUGACUACAUACACGUUAGGAAUAUCUAGAUACACUUGUUGCGUAUUUCAGACCCUUGAACUAAUAAGGAAUAUGUUUUUCACAUUUGUCUAUUCGUUUUUAUGCUUCUGCUGUCUGGUGGGUGUGUUUGGUGAUGCUGGUGAGGUGAAGUCCGUGUCAGUGAUGGAGGGUCAAUCUGUUACCUUAAAUACAAAUGAAACUGACAUAGAAAACGUUCAUAUGAUACUGUGGACGUUUGGACCUCUAAAGACUAUCCUAGCUAAAAUCAAUAAAGGAGCUAAUGAGACAUCAUUAUAUGAUGAUGUUCUUGAUGGGAUGUUCAGAGACAGACUGCAGGUGGAUGAUAAGACUCUCACCAUCACAAACAUUAGAACCGAAGACUCUGGACCUUAUAUGAUGAUCAUCAAAAGCAUUAGAGAGACCUCGUACACAUUCAAUGUAACUAUAUAUGCAGAGCGAAAGGCUCAGGCUAUCUUUCCAGAUAUAACACUGAUCUGUUGUGUUGCUGUUGGAUUUGUGAUGAUUGUAACUGCACUUCUGAUCUUCUGUAUCUGCAAGAAACACAUAAACGCACCAAGGCAACAAGGCAGUUCAGACCGAAAUGGAAAUCACUUAUGCAGAUCCAUCAUUCUUUAACAGAAAAACAGAAAAACCCAGAGCUCCAGUGGAAGAGACGGUGGUGUAUACAGGCGUCGCUAAGAGACGAUGUUCAAACUCUCUGUGAUUCUUCUGCAGUAAAUGUCACUGUGAUUUUAAUCAGGACACGUAUAUUAUUCCUGUCUAAAUGUUGUAGAGCGUUUUUAAAAAAAAAAAAUUUUUGCAGUAUUCCCUUAUGAAAAUUUUAUUUAUGAAUGUUUUCAAUGUUCCAACAGCAAUGUGAGAAUUAUACCUGAACAUUUAAAAAUGACAUAUAGUGUUGAUCAAAAACAGUUUUGCUACUGUUUACCACAUUAGCCACAAACACUUGUUUGCAAGUAUCCCUUUUGUCAUGCAUGUGAUUCCACUGAAUUCAUGUGAAACUUGGUGGUUUCAUUUCGGAGUCAAAGUGAAACAUGAUGUGCUAUAUACAUAUACAGAAAUGUGGUUUUGUUUGCCUUGUUCUGCCAGGAGGUCAUGAGCAGAGAUGUAAAGUAACGAAGUAGAACUACUUCACUACAGUACUUAAGUACUAAAAGGC